UCCCAGGGGCCAUCGCCCAUCCCCUUCCCCACCAGGCCAGAGGCCACCGCUUGCCCUUUCUUCCCUGCCGGCUGCCGCGCUCCUAAUAAUUGCAUCGCCGCCCCAUGUCCGCCCUGCUUAUUCUUGUGGCUAGCCUCGCUGCUUAGUGCUUAUAUCACCAUUCACCAGCUAGCUUCUCACCACCGCCACCGCCACCGCCGGCUCCUGCUGCCACCGCCCGCUGGCUGGCUUAGCGCGUAGGCUGUGACUGACUGACUGACUGACUGCGAGACCACAGCACCGGAGGACGCCCGCGCGCGCGAACCGCAGCGCAGAGGCAGGGGAACCUUGUCCGCGGCUCGGCCGGCAUGAAGCUCCCGCUGCUGCGUCCGCUGUGGCCGGGCCUGGGGCCUGCGGCGGCGGGGCCGCCCGACGCGGCGCCGGAGCCGGCCAAGCCCUCGCUGCCGGCCACGUGGCUGCUGCUGCACGCGCUCUUCUGCGCCACAUCCAUGGCCGUCGGCUUCCGCUUCUCCCGCCUCAUCGUCUUCCUCCUCUUCCUGCCCACCCCGCCCAUCAACCCCGCCGCGCACCUCGUCUCGCUCGUGUCCUCGCCCGCCGUGGCGCUCGCGGGGGCCAACGCCACGGCCACGAUCACCACGACCACCACCACCACCACCACCGUCACCACCACCACCACCACCGUGGCCGCCGACAUCGGCGGCGCCCACCCGCACCACCACCACCACCGCCACGGCCCCGUCUUCGUCGGCCGCCACCCGAUCCGCGUCCGCGCCUGGCCCCACCCGGACCCCAGCGAGCUCCUCAAGGCGCACCGCAUCCUCGCCGCCGUCCAGAACGCGCAGCGCAGCACCAAGCGCCGCGGCGCGGGACCCGCGAGGCCCGUCAUCGCCGUCACCCCGACCACCACCUCCGCGCUCCAGGUGCCGUCGCUCACGUCUCUGGCGCAUACCCUCCGCCUCGUUGACGCCCAGCUCGUGUGGAUCGUCGUCGAGCCGGGCAACCGCACAGACGCCGUCGCCGCGGUGCUCUCCCGCUCCAACCUCGACUUCCUCCACAUCACCGGUCCUGGCGACUCCACCGCGAGCCUGCGAAUCCACGCCCUCAGGGAGAUUCGGACGAAGCGGAUGGACGGCAUCGUGGUGUUCGCCGACGAGAACAGCAUCCUCCGCACCGAGCUGUUCGACGAGGCGCAGAAGGUGACCACCGUGGGCGCCGUGCCCGUCGGCAUCCUGGGCGAGGACGACGGCGCCAGCGAGUCCUUCCUACAGGCGCCGUCGUGCGACGCGGAAGGGAAUCUGGUGGGCUACCGCGUCUCGGAGGAGACCGUGCUGCCGGCGAACCGGAGCGACAUGCUGAUGGCCAGCAGGCUGGAGUGGUCCGGCUUCGUGGUGAACGCGCGGGCGCUGUGGGAGGACGCCAAGGAGCGGCCGGUGUGGGUGCGCGAUCUCGACGACGCCGACCCCCGCGCCGCCAGCCCCCUCGCGCUCGUCACCGACGCUGGCCGCGUCGAGCCGCUCGCCAGCUGCGUCCAGGCGGCUCUCGCGUGGUCCUCGCUGCGUUCCGACAGUAUCCACGAGGUCAAAUUCCCACACGAAUGGAAAAUCGAUCCUCCAUCGCUGAAUACCGGUGCCCGUCAGCAAACUGUUCAACCAGAGACGCAACCAAUGCAAGCUACUCUAGCAAGCACUGAAGACCAGCAGCACUAGAGGACAUUUCUUCCUUUUUGUGUGUGUGUGGACUGCCCCAAGAUUGGCCGGAAGUCCCCAGUUCCCCCACUGGCCACCGAUGCACCGUCGGUGCCAACCGCUGCCAAAGUAACAGAAGCCGCCUCCGCUCAGCUCAUUUCUUUGGACUAUACAGAUAAAGCUACCAGCAGUGCAUGUAGUCUUGGACACUUCCGUCGUCUAAAAGUCCCUUUGUUUCGACGUAUAAAAACAUAGGUAAAAAGUUUAGUUAUCCGUGCCUCCGCUCCCCUUGCUGUAGAAUAGCAUUGUUGUUUUCGUGUAAAAUAGAUGAGAGCAGUGACUUGCAAAAGUCUUGCGGUUUGGGAGUCGAAGCAUUGGUUGUACACUUGUAUGAAAUAACGACGAUCCAGAUUUCACUC